GCUGCAAAACAACACAAAUGGGUUGCCACCAGAAAAUGAAUACACAAAUCUGAAAUACUCAUAUAAUAUUUUUAAUAUUACAAAAUUUGUCAUUCAAAUUCAAAUUUUAUCAGAGGAAGAAGAAGAUAAUUAUAUAGAGUUAAUAUCAUUUAUUACAAUUAUUUUGGCUAUUUAUUACAUAUAUUCACAACAAGAGGAGAAGAUCAUUCUUUUAAAAAAAAAAAUCAGAUCUCACAUCAAUCCGGUGAAUUGGUUAUGUGACAGAAUGGGCAUAUGUUUCAAAUAUUGGGAUGAGUGUGUCGAUCCUCAGGAUUUGGAGGCAAUGUGGAGGGAACCUGAAGUUAAUACUGAAUGGUUGGAUGCUGGUGAGACUAGAGGCCAAAGGGUUCACCUUUCCCGCGAUCCUGAUGGACAACCUUAUUUGACUCAAACCGAGAUGAAGGCUGUUGCUGAUAUUAUCGUCCGCAGACAUUUUGAUUCGCAUAUUGCUACGGAUAUGCUGUGUGCCAUUGCUGAACUAGCAAGUGACCGCCAGCUGCUUGCUGAAAAUUAUGACAAAAAAAUUAAGCAGACUACACUGGGAAUCAUGCAAAUUUUACCAAAGACAGCAGAGUGGCUUGUUAGAGAUUUGGGUUACCGGACUUACGCAGUAGAAGACAAUCAAGAGAUUCUCUACAGGCCUUUUGUCAGUGUGUAUUUCGGUGCUGCUUACCUUAGAUGGCUGUCGAACUUUGAGCAAAAAGAAAGAAGCGAAGAGUUUGUAGUUAGGGCGUAUAAAGGCGGUACAAAGAAGGCAACUCAUAAAUCAACUUUGCAGUAUUGGAAAGGGUAUCUUUCUGUCAAAGAAAGUCUCCCAUUCAGAAGAUUUGUUGAUGAAGGGCCUUCAGUAAAUACUUCUGUUCCUCCUCCUCCUGCACCAGCUAUAUCUGCUUCACCAAACUCAGCAUCACCUACUACUUCAAUAAUUUCACACAACUCUGGGGGUGGCGAAACUGUAAACUGGGACUCUAAAACCUCCCCUGAAGACAUGGUGGAGAUGUGGAAUAAUGCUGAUGUUGCUAAAGAGUGGACAAAAUCUGGAGAAAGGCGUGGAAAGGUUCGCUUUUCACAUGAUAAGGAAAAGAGAGAAUAUCUAUCCCGGGUAGAAGUGAAGGCCGUUGCAGAAAUAAUUCUCUCAAAGUACUUCAGUACAAGAGCAGUUAAACCAUCAGUCCUGUGUGCUCUAGCUGAGAUGGUUAGCAUGCGUUUUGUGAAUGGGGUAGGAGCGCGAAUUGGAUUAAUGGGGAUAGACUAUUCUACAGCUUACUGGCUUUACAUGGAAUUGGGUUAUAGAGCUUACAGAGUUGAAUCUGUGGACGAUCUAACCAAACCAUUUGUGUCCAUGUACUUUGGUGCAGCCUAUCUAGCUUAUUUAUCAGAAUAUGAAGGGAGGGAAAGACUUCCACAGUUUGUUGUGCAGGCUUAUCUUGGUGGACCGAAGAAUGUGAAUCUUCAGGAAACUGGUCCGCUCUGGCUCAAGUUCGAGCAAGCUUUGAGCAAUUAUGACGAUAUAAAAAAGGAUCCAGGAGGCUGCACCAUCUUGUAAACUUAUGGUUAACCUUGCACCAUUUUUCAAAUUGAAUCAGGUUACUGACUGUCGAGCAGAAACAAUGCUAUUUACGUUAGAUUAUCCUUUUCCUUUUCUCUGUACCUUUUUAUUUUAUUUCAUUCAAUAGAUUGAUUUUGUUUUAUAAGUCAUGAAGAAGAUCAAUAUACAUUUUUUCGGACAA